AUGUUAGGCGAAUAUGACAAAUCUAUACAAGUCCUAAAUGAAGGAAUCGAAAUUGAUAACGACGCAGCUUUGGUUAAUUUGUUAACCCUCGUGAAAAAAAAGGAGACUUUUUUAAAAAGGGAAAAACACAUGAUGAAAUAUAUCUUUGAUAAUCUCAAGGACAAACCUGUGAUUCACGACAAGAAAUAUUCCAAUUCAGUUUUCAGAGCUGUCUAUUCGUUAGUAUCUCUGCUUUUUAUGUUUGUCCUCCUAGCUCGCAUCUUUAAAAAAUGGAAAAUAAAGAGUGGCUAA